CGGUAUUUCUGGAGACGCAACAAUAUUCCUGUUUUUCCAUCCAUCCCUAAGAACAGCCUCUCUUUGUGCUUUGCAGUGAAAGGCAGAGAGCACCAGAAGCCAGCAGAAGCCAGGGCAAUUAAAGAGUCUGGACCUGCUCCAAUGCCCGGAAGCUUUGCUGCAGCACGAGGACUUUCCCCCCAGAGAAGUACCAGGAGCCAUGCCUUGCUGGAGGCUGCCGGACCAAGCCAUGUGGCGAUCAACGCCAUCUCAGCCAACAUGGAAUCCUGCAGCAGCCGCACAGCCGCCCUUAAGAAGCAGCCCAGCCACAUGGAAGCUGCUCACUUUGGAGACCUGGGCCGCUCCUGUCUGGAUUAUCAAGCUCAAGAAACCAAGUCGAGCCUCUCCAAGACGCUAAAGCAAGUCCUGCGCGAUGCUGUGGCCCUCCCUUACUUCACCCAGUACAUGGAGGUCCAUCGCAUGGAGCACCUGGUCAGAUUCUGGCUGGAAGCUGAGACCUUCCGCUCCAGCACGUGGUCCCGCAUCAGAGCACACAGCUUGAACACGGUUAAGCACAGCUCCCUGGCUGAGCCGGUGUCCCCUUCUCUCCAGCAGCAGAACCUUCCUGGGUUUUCCCUCCACAGCGAGUCGCUCAACGGAGGCCUGGAGGAUUGCUGCCCCACUGAGCCCUCCCCUGCUUAUUUGACAGUUGCCGAACCAAACAGAUCAACGUUGAUGCUUCGGAACCAUUUGCUGCUUUGCGAAGGCGGCGGUAAAGCCCGUUUGGGGUUGGGAACGUCGGAGACAGAGGACUAUCCUGUUCCGGAUGAACCUCAAGACUCUUCCAAUGUCUCAGUGUCCAAUAGAAAUAGUCCUUCCUUUGCACUAAAGGACUUAUCAGGAAAACUCAUGAAAAGUAUCGAGCAGGAUGCAGUUACCAUUUUUACCAAAUAUAUUUCUCCAGAUGCUGCUAAACCAAUACCAAUUACAGAGUUGAUGAGGAACGAUAUCGUGGCAAAGAUCUGCGGGGAAGACGGACAGGUGGACCCCAACUGCUUUGUCAUGGCACAGUCAGUAGUGUUUAAUGCCAUGGAGCAAGAGCACUUUAGUGAAUUCCUGCGAAGCCAUCACUUCUGCAAGUAUCAGAUCGAGGUGCUGACGAGCGGGACGGUCUACCUGGCCGAUAUCCUCUUCUGCGAAUCUGCCCUUUUUUACUUCUCCGAGUUCAUGGAGAAAGAAGAUGCUGUUAAUAUCUUGCAGUUCUGGCUGGCUGCAGAUAAUUUCCAGUCCCAGCUGGCAGCCAAGGAAGGCCAGUAUGACGGGCAGGAGGCCCAGAACGAUGCCAUGAUUUUAUACGAUAAGUACUUCUCUCUUCAAUCCACUCAUCCUCUUGGGUUCGACGACUCCGUACGGCUGGAAAUCGAGUCCAACAUCUGCAGGGAAGGCGGGCCGCUCCCCAGCUGUUUCACCACCCCACUGCAACAAGCCUGGACAACCAUGGAGAAGGUUUUCUUACCCAGCUUUCUGUCCAGCAAUCUUUAUUACAAAUACUUGAACGACCUCAUCCAUUCAGUCCGGGGAGAUGAAUUUGCAAGCGGAAGUCUCGCCCUGAACGUUCACAGCCUUGGCAGCGCUUCCGACCACUAUUCCCACGCGGGUGCUGCGGACAGCGCCGCUUCUUCCCAGCCCAGCCUCAAAAAGGCCAACGUAAAAAUCCUGAAAAACUUUGAUGAAGCAAUAAUUGUUGAUGCUGCCAGCCUGGACCCAGAGUCUCUGUAUCAACGGACGUACGCUGGAAAGAUGACUUUUGGCCGUGUGAGCGACCUGGGCCAGUUCAUUCGAGAAUCAGAGCCGGAGCCGGACGUCAAGAAGUCCAGAGGGUCCAUGUUUUCACAAGCAAUGAAGAAAUGGGUGCAAGGGAACACAGACGAGGCCCAGGAGGAGAUGGCCUGGAGGAUAGCGAAGAUGAUCGUUAACGAUGUCAUGCAGCAGGCCCAGCCCCCAGAGGCAGCUGUCGAAAAAGUGACUAAGGCAGUUGGCAAUAUCCACGUGCCACAAGUCUAAAGCAACAAGCCAGCCACAUAAACCAGGGCCCUGCGCGAUGGGAAUCCCGUGGUGAGCUCUCCAGUGCCAAACUAUGAUCUUCGGGGGCUCCUGCGAAGAGAAGCGGAGCUGGACUCUCUCCUCCCUUUCUCGUGGCCGCCACCGCCGCCUCCUCAGACGGAAGCUCAGCACCACGAACCCCACUCAGCUGGUGUGUUUUUCCCCACUUGUGGGGGAAAAAGGCUCGUCUUCCCACCUCGAGAGCAAAUUUAACCUGUGAAGGAACAGCCCAGCUCCUUCUGCAAAGGAUUGUUUGGCUUCACCACUUGGAACUGGAGGACAGUCUGGGUUAGGAAUGAAGGUAGAAGUUUGCCCCUUAGGGUUCCUCGCUGUGAUUUUUUUAAAAACUUUUCUUUUUAAAGAACAUCUGCAAUCAGAAAGGCACAGGGCACCUUCACCCUGUCGGAGAAGGCUUCGCAGUUGACAGGGAGCAGUCUUAAAAUCCUGGAGCCACUUUGAAAUGUCCUUUUGUGAAGUAUUCCUCCUCUCCUGUGUGGGCCAGUCCAGAAAGGAGAGGAAGUGGGGGACGAGCCGUUUCCAGCUGACCUAGGACUUCCACUUCAGUUCCCUUCUGCCUCUUGCUUUCUGAAAGGCUCGACUCCACACCUGGAUUCCGCAGAACACGUCCGCGGUCCGGGAAAAUGCAAAAAGAAAGCAAUGAACUUUUGUGUGUCUCCUGUUUCUUUUGCUUUGCAAGUGCCACCGUUAAGCUGAAACGACGACUCUGCCCCUGUUCAGUUUUUGCUGAAUUGCUCCAUGUUCAAGCACUGGCCCUUUUUCCUUAUCCUUUAGUGCAACAUUUGGGGAUUGCUUGCCUUUUCCCCCCCCCCCUCUCCACACAAGCCUAAAGCUUCCUCUGAUCUCCAGCGCUUGCCACAUGCAAGUAAUCUUACCAGAGAGCCCACUCAAGGUCAAGACAAGGUCCACUCCGUUGUGCUGGUUGGUUGGUUUUUCCCUUCUGCGUUCUUUUCUGUUGAAGCAACUUUUUUUUUUCCUUUUUGUUCAUUCGGAGGGUUUUUUACGUUCUUAUUGGCGUUUGUUUUCUGAAGACUUGUGCAAAAAAAAUAAAAUAAAAAUAAAAAAGGACCCGUAAUCCAAAACACCUGUAGGAAAGCUUUUGAUCUGUCUCCAGCAGUUUGAGCGCCAGGUGGGGACCAGAGGUGAACAAGCAGCCCUUGAAAGGGCACGGCAGGCCCCUCCACCAGAGGUGCUACCCUCCCUGGGCACCCCCGGCACCCCCGUAAUGGACUAAACAAACCCCAUUUUGCGGGAUCAGCUGGAGCGAGGCAGCAUUUGCCAGCCUGCCAGAAGCAGAACAAGCUGUGUAUAGGUUUUUUGGUACUGUGUACCACCUUAUUGUCUGAUACCCAAGUAUUCAAGUACUUAAACCAUAUUUAAUUGUGUUUUGAUUGAAAUAUAAAUAUAUAUCUAUAUCUAUAUAUAAAUUACA